UCAUCUUCGUCCUCCUACGUUGCGGGAAAUUUAGGUGGUGCAUCAGCGCUGGCAGCGCGACUUGCGCCACCCCGGGAAGAUAGUGCUACAACCCGGCCCGGUGAAGAUUUUCAUUUUCCACAGCAAGAGCGACGCUUGUUUUCGGAGGACGACCGAGAAAAAAAGGAACAUCAAAGCGGGCAUCAUCUGCUUUCAUCUUUACAGGCUAGUUUUACUAAUCUAGAUAAAGAAGUGCAAAAUAAAUCUUCCGUGCCGCGGCUGGCCUUCGCCACUAGUAGUGAGCAAAGUUCUUGUACUUCUGAGCACCAGCAGCGGAGAGGGAGAGGAAAUGCUGGGCCAGUAUUAAAUGCAGAAAAAGAUGAAAACUCAAGUGGAUUUUUAACCGGAGCAGCUCCACCAACGACAACAUCGUCACAUAGCAAAAAAAACAAAAAUCACAACAGAAAAACACAACAGGCCCCGCACCAAGAACCAAGAACUUCCGAGGCAGGAGCUUCCUCGAGCGCAGCUACCGGUUUAUUUGCCGGGGGCACUACUACAACAGCUCGCGGUGGGAAAAAAAGCGGUGGAGGUCGUUAUCGCAAGAAAAAAACUCUGUUAGUGUAGCUUUUCUUGGCUGACAGCAUCACAAAUCGGCACUACAUGACAGCGACAACCUGUCAUGCCUGGCUUGUAAGGGAAAACACACAUGAAAAAACGACUUCAUGGCUGUCUGGCAUGACAGGUGUAACUCUGUUGCAUGUUCUGCACUACAAAGUUACACUUACACAGUUUUUUUCUUGCAUAGUCGUGGUGGCACAACUACCACCUCAGCUUCAAGCUCGUCUGGUGGAGGUGCUGUAUGCAGUGCAAAAGUAUCGUACUCGUAUAAAUGCAUUACAAAUAAUUUCCUCAGCAUGAGAAAUGAAAUCUGUAAAAUGCGGACUCACCUGAAGAAACAAACUUGUAAUGCAUGAUUGCUAGACGAGAACGACACUUUUGCACAGGAUAUGCUGCGAGUGGUACCCAGUUCGCGCAGCCCUGGCUCACCAGCGAGGUCCUCACCAAGCACAAUGCCUACGCCACUUUGCGCGACCACAACCUUGCUGGCAUUCAUUCGGAAGGUAUCAGAUGCAAAUAUGUCUGGGUCUGGGAGAUUCCUAUAUUUGCCAUGCUAGGCUGGUAUGACUCUGAAAUCUGUAUUGCGUGGCCGCGAAGAGCUCCUCUCGCCUGUCAUGCAAAAACGCAGUUUCUCAUGCGGAGUACGCACCUCAGAACCGCGGAAAAAUAACUCACCAUGCUGUGCAGCGCAUUACAGAGUGCUCACUCUUCUCUUCCUUGCAUCACAAGUUUCCACCAGACAUCCAGGGAUAUUUCCAAUGCAUAGGAGGCGACCC